UUUGGGCAAAAUGGGUGGUAAAUGCCAAGAACGGUCCCCGUUUUGCGCUUUUUUUUUUUUCGAACGUUCUGGUAUUGUUUUUUCUAGUCAUUCGUUUGGAUAUUGGGGGGUUAAUAUGCGUGUUGAGGAUAACUGCAAACGCACAGAAAUAUAAAGUGUUCCAUUUCAUUCCUUCCCCCCCCUCCAAUCCAAUAACCAACUGUUUAUAACAUACACUUGCACAUUUUCUGUGACUGCACUUGUCGACCUUUUUUUGUCGGACUCUAGUGUGCCUUCUACCGCACCUUCCCUUACUGGUCUGACGUUUUCGGCCAUUGUUUGCUUUGAGUCCCUCCUUCCUCAUCCACUCUUACUACACGUUCUCCGCUCCCUUUUUUCAAAGUACGCAAUGUCGAUAAAGUCAGUGGACGUAGGGAUCCUCCGCAACUCUGCCGAGUUUGUGCAGUUGCGGAAGGAGUGUGCUUCUUGGGCUAUCGUGGCUGGAGCUGCCGGUGGUGUUGCAGGAUAUGGUUUAGGACGCCUUGCCGUCCCACGUUCCAGCGUCCUUGGCAUCGCUUCCACCCUCGUCGGCGCUGCCGUGGCCUCCACCAUCGUGUACAAUAACCUCGAAAACAAACGCCUGAACGCUCUCCGCGUCCGCAAAGUCGCAGAACACUACCAUUACAUGCGUCCCCUUCUUGCUCCAACGGUGGUCGAGCAGGGUGUCGAGAUCUAGUGUCGUAUCGAGAGCCUGCGAUACAGAUUGGGCGGCGAUUUCGCUCCGGUUGGAACUUUUAUAUUUUCUUGUAGAAAUCGGUGGUGUAGUGAGGAUCUUUCUUUUCCGUUUCCUUCAUGUUGCUAUAUGUGUGGUAUACCCUUUUUUUUGUGUCGAUUGAAAAUUGUACAUUUGAAACUAUGUUCCUUUAGUCAAAGUACCAAUGCGAUUGGCAUUCGAAGAGCAUCAGAUA